AUGGAUCAAUUAAGGAAGGAAGCCCGCCAGGCCUUACAAAAAGACCCGAAAAACCUCCCUGAUCUCCUUCCAUCAGCGAUGAGCAUACGCGGCGACCUGCAUCAGUUGUGGGAGAAUGUGUCACAAUAUGACAACAGUACCUAUUUCAAUGUCAGUUCUCAACCCAAUGUUUCUUCGAUGAAUAUGCUAAAGCCUGCUCUGGAUCAGGCCUGCGAGAGCUUGCUUGUUGCUCUCAACUUUGUUGAAGCCGGCUUUCACAUGUUGUUACCCGAAGAUGAAGAGAUCCGACAACUGGAAGGAAAUGAGGCCCAGGCGGCUGUCAACCUAUCUAAAUGGGCAAGCACCCUCGCUCUACCGUCAUCUGAAUUUGCUUCUUCCUUUGACGAUACCAUUGAAGUGACCGAAGGUGUGUACAAGGCUCAUUCAUGGUCUAGAAUUGACUGA